GGAGUAUAUGUGUGUCGCAUUAGUUACUUCUACUUAUCAGCUGCUCACAGUUGUUGCAUUCGUUGGCAUGGAAGAUGACAUUACAAAAGAGACUUUCAUUUGGGCAUUUAAUGACCCAAGAUUCUUCGAGCUUCAACAAUUAUUUGUAGGCUGAUGGAUGAUGUGGUUACGCACCAGAUCGAGCGAGAGAGAGAACAUCCUCCUUCCGCGGUCGAGUGCUACAUGAAACAAUACGGUGCACCGGUGCAAGUUGCUUACGACGAGUUAAACAAGCAAAUAAAGGGUGCUUGGAUGGAUAUGACUGAAGGGUUCUUGAAACCAACGGCGGUGCCGACGUCGGCUCUUGAUCGAAUUCUCAACCUUUCAAGGGUUCUUGAUCUGUUUUACAAGAACGACGAUGGUUAUACGUUUGUUUGUGAUUCAGUGAAAGAUGGCAUCACUUCCUUGUUGAUUGAACCCAUCUCAGUUUGACCCCAACAAUGCUUUGAGAUGUCCUUUGUUAAAUAAAUAAAUAUGUUGUGCUGGGAAGCAUAUAAUGCU